GUUGUGACGGAGCAGCAGGACGAUAAUGUUAUAGCAGUGGCGCGCGUGAGAUCGCCGUGUGCACACGCUGGUAUGACGACGAAUCGCGGUUGUCGUCGUCGUCGUCGUCGUCGUCGCCGUCGUCGUCGUCGUCGUUAUAGUGGUAAUGCAUCCAUUUCAGUGAUAACCUUCAUGCAGCUAACUCCGUACAAGUUAGGAUUGAAACAGUGACCUUAAAGUACCGUGACAACGUCUUCGUCGCCGUUAUCGUCGGUGGGAAUGAAGAAUAAGUGAAAGUGUUGCGUACGCGCGCGCGCGCACGCAUCUGUUUUUUAUGCACUCUCAUAAGCAAGUAUCUAUGUUUGAUUUCUUUCGUUUUGCACCCCUACCAAGUUAUAUUCUCUUUUACGGGUGAUUUCUAUUUUGUUCUUUCUCCUAUUUUAUUGACAGUGUCAUUAUUUUUACAUUGUGCCGUUUUCGCGUGUUUAUCGCCAACUACGGGUAGUGCCUUUUGUUAUAUCCCAUUACAGCAAAAACAAGUCUUGCGUUAUUAUUCAGUUCAUUCUGCCGGAAUCAAGCGAUCCAGUGACCAUGAAGAAACAAUUUUUCAGGGUCAAGCAGCUCGCUGAUCAAACUUUUUCAAGAGCUGAAAAAACAGAAGUCUUAACUGAUGAUUUACAAGCAGCGGAUAAACAUGUCGAACAAAUUAGGGCUGCCCUUAUGGGUCUUAAUAAAAGACUUGGUAAUAAACCUAGUGAUUCCAACAUUCAAGAUCCUGCUCACAAAGAAAAACGACUUAAAAAAUGCCCAGAGUAUGUUUUGGGCCAAACCAUGUUGGAAAAUACAGGCGAUGAAGGAUUAAUGUGUUAUACAUUAAACGAAUGUGGAAGAGCACAAGUAGCCUUAGCUAAUGAAGCAAUAGAUCAUGAAUCUAAGAUAGAACAAUAUGUUGUUAUGCCACUACAACAUAUUUUAGAGACAGAUGUUCCAAAUAUUUUAAAACAUAAAAGAAAUCUACAGCGUCUCAUUUUAGAUAUGGAUAGUAUCAGAACACGGUAUCAUCAAGCUAGUAAACAUAAUACUGGAGGUACAGGAACAACGAAAGUAGAUAGUCUGAAAGAUGAACUUGAAGAAGCCGAAGCCAAAGUAGAACAAUGCAGAGAUUAUCUAGCUGCUGAAAUGUUUCAGUUAAUGGCAAGAGAAACAGAUCUUGCCCAAACAAUUAUUCAAUAUAUCAAACUCCAACGAGCAUACCAUGAAAGUGCAUUGCACUAUCUUGAAGAACUCAUUCCAGAUUUAGAAUGUUAUAUAAAUGAUAAUGAAAUGAAGCCAGUUUAUGGAUACUCUUUAGAAGAGCAUCUUCGAGUGACAAAUAGAAAAAUAGCAUUACCCAUUCAAUUUUGUGUCUCUGCCCUUCUGAGGUUAGGGAUGGAGGAAGAGGGACUUUUUAGGAUAGCUAGUGGCGCUUCAAAGUUACGUAGAAUGAAGCUCAGCUUUGAUGCUUGCUGUUUGACCCUUCCAAUUGUUCUUGAAUACAAAGAUCCUCAUGUGAUAGCCGGAGCAUUAAAAUCUUACUUACGUGAGCUACCAGAACCCUUACUUACCUUUAAAUUAUAUUAUGAAUGGAUGGCAUCGAUAAAAUUGAGUCAAAGUGAUAAGAGACUCAAAGCUCUUUGGGACGUAUUACAUAAAUUACCAAUGGCAAAUUUUGAAAACUUAAGGUUCCUAAUAAAAUUUUUUGCUGUCUUGACAAAAAAUCAAGACAUUAAUAAAAUGACACCUCAUAAUAUUGCAAUAGUAGUUGCUCCUAAUUUAAUUUGGAAUUCUCAAGAAGAUACAACUACUGUAGUGAUGGAUACAGCCAAUAACUCUAGUCUAAUUGUCGACCAACUGAUUACGCAUGCCGACUGGUUUUUUCCCGAUGAGAUAGACUUUGAUCGCGAUUUAGACCUCGGCAUCGUGAACGGUUCGGAGUGCAAUCAACUGACGGAUAUGCGACGUUGCGUCUCUAAUAGCAGCCUAAGCGACCACGGUGAAAGUCCAACCCAGGGUAGUCCGAAGCCGGCGACCCGUAGAAAAAACAAACCUGCCCCAACUCCCCCAAACGCUAAGAUCACGCUAGAUAAACAGCAAUCUCAUUACGAUAAGAGGCCGGAUGACAAGCCACCUCCGACACCGGACAAGCCACCUCGGCCUCUUAUUACCGGCACUCUCAACCGACUAACAUACAAGUCUCAGAAACACGAGCAGCUUGCCCUAGAGUUAUCGCAGACACAAGAAAUCGUCAAUAAUAAGAUGCCUCAAUUCGAUAAAUCUACAAUUAGCAUUAAUUCCAACACGGAAGAUGAUACAAACCACACGGGAUUCGAGUUUAUCAUUAAAGCUGACCAGUUAAAGGUAAUCGAAGUCAUUUCUGAAACCUUUCGAUCUCAUGACUCGGAAGAAGGUCAAAAUGAUGUGGAAAUAAUUGCAUCACAGCAACAGGUGAUCCUUUCAUCCAACAAAAUUGAAAAUCAAAGAAAAGAUGACAAUAAAGUAAAUAGUAUUCUUAUAGAUUUAGAGACAAUAAAUAUCAAAGCAGGAUUAAUGACAGACUUUAUGAACAAAUCUACUAACGAGUUGACUACGGAAGAUGCAGAUAAGAUCGAAUCAUCGAAAUCAAAACCAGUUCCCACAGAAAAACCAGCACCUUCAACGUUAGAAAGGCGGAAGUUUCCCAUCGCAGCUCCACGUAACAUAAUAAAUGUCACAUCGUACCCACAAGAAGAUGUAGAAUUUCGUAAGAAAUUGGAAGGAAACAAUAUCAUUGCCAUAGAUAGAAAUAGUAAACCAGCCAUACCAGAACGACCAGCUGGACUCGUUCGACCUUCUAGUUUAAUUCGACCACAUCCCCGACAUAAUAAUGAAAAUUUGGAUUCUGAUUCAGGGCCCUUGACCCUGGAGCGAACCCACAUGUAUUCAGUAGACAAACAGCAGGUUAGUAUAAUACAAGUACACGGGAAUAGCAACUGUGAAAUCAAUAGCACGAGCUCAAUCAUCAACUUGCAAAGAAGUCCUAGCGUAGGCAGUCGGCCAGCCUCUAUGUCUCUGUGUGCCUCCCACGCCGUCCAUCAAUUGGAUCGACCCGAAAAGCCACCCCGACCGGAUCUUCCCGAUCAGAUACGAUCGCACGCUCGAACAAGGUCUGAGGGCAACAUCAUUGACGUUCAAACACAAACACAAACCAUCAUCAUACCCAAAUCUAAUGUUGGUUUAGCUCAGCAUGCACCACCUGCUUCCCCAAGGUUCUAUCAGCGGCCACCCAGACCUCAACCACCUCCACCGCCACCACCCACUAACCUUCGACCUAAAUCCGAGCAUGAAAGCACAAAUCUUUAACUAAGCACUUUUUUUUAUUGUAUUCGUUAUUUUACCUAUUAUGCCUCAGUCAUGGGCAAGAUACAAUUUUAUCAAUAUUAACAGGCUUAUUUUUUUUACUACUUCAAUAAUAUAUUAUCUUAAAGCUCAACUCUUUGACAAAUUAUCGACUCACAUUUACCAGUUUAUAAAUAUUAAUUAAA